AAGACAAAAGGCGCGAGGCCUCAGCUCCUUCGCUUAGGUUUCCCUAUGUGCUUUCUUUUCAAGGUGAAAAAUUCUGGUGGAAUUGAAGGUUAGUUCGGUAGUUCUUUGAGUUGGUUUUAAGACCUUCUAUUGUUUGCACAUUUUUGUGGAUGAAUUUGGUUAAGAUGUUUCUGGGUCUUCCUUAAAUUUGUAAUAAUUGUCAUGGAGGGUUAGGAAUAUUUUUGAUAUAUUCUCAUAUUUUGAGUUUCGGUUGAUUACUCUAAUUGAAAUCUAAGGGGGUUUAUGUUGAUAUUUUGAGUGGAUUUCUUGAGGAUUCUGUAGAGAGGUUUAUUGUUUUGUAUCGUCUGAUAAUGCCGUCUACAGAGAAUCAGGGCUCUCCUAUUCCUUUUGCCUCAUUUCGUCGCCCCAUCUUGAGUAUUAGGAGUGAUCGGGUUCAUUCCAUGGAAUCGGACCAUGAUUCUAGUGCCAAAGAGUCUGAGAUUGAUUCAUUUCAAAAGCAAGUUUUCAACCGAUUUCAAGGUCUUUCAGAUGUUAAUGCUGAUGAAUUCCUCUCUAUUACAUGGAUACGGAACCUACUGGAUGCGUUCAGUUGUUGUCAGGAUGAGUUUAGGGUAAUCUUGUGCAAUAACAAGGCCCAACUCUCAAAACCGCCUUUGGAUAGGCUCACUUUUGAAUUUUUUGAAAGGAGCAUUAAGGCUCUUGAUAUUUGUAAUGCAACUCGUGAUGGAAUUGAGAAGAUCCGAGUGUGGCAGAAGCACUUGGACAUUGUUCUUUGUGCUCUGGAUUCACAGCAGAUGGUGCUGGGUGAAGGCCAGGUUCGUCGAGCAAGAAAAGCUUUGAUGGAUUUAGCACUUGUGAUGCUGGAUGAGAAGGAAACUGGAUCUGUCUUUUCACACCGUAACCGGUCUUUUGGACGUCGUAAUAAAAGCAAGGAUCACCAUACUCGUCAGUCUGGGCACUCGCGUUCUCUCUCUUGGAGUGUGUCUCAUUCUUGGUCAGCAGCUAAGCAGCUCCAGGUAAUCUCAAACACCUUGAUCCCACCACGUGCAAAUGAGAUUGUGGCUACUAAUGGGCUUGCUAUCGCUGUCUUCACAAUGAGUUACGUGCUCAUGUUUGUGCUGUGGGCUCUUGUUGCUGCAAUCCCUUGUCAAGAUCGAGGCAUUCAAAUUCAUUUUUCAAUUCCGCGGCAAUUCCAAUGGGGUAUUCCAUUGAAUCUGCUUCAUGGUCGGAUAAUGGAGGAAUCUAAGAAGCAAGAUCGACGGAAUUCCAAUGGGUUAUUGAGGGAGAUUUAUCAGAUUGAGAAGUGUGUUCAUCGCCUGACAGACUUGUUAGAUGCUGCUCAGUUUCCGCUAAAGGAGGAACAGAAGGAAGAAUUGAGUCAAGGAGUGCAGGAGUUAUCAUCUGUAUGCAGUGUUUGUAAGAAUGUGAUGGAUCCAUUUGAGCGCCAGUUGAGGGAAGUCUUUCGUCAGAUUAUGAGUUGCCGGACUGAGGGUCUUGAAUUCUUGGGUGUGGCAAACUCUUAGUAAUUUUAAUCGGUAAAAAACCGGUGAGUAUCAAAUGUAAAAAUUGGCGAAUAUAAAUCAUCUUAGUUUCUGCCUGUCUAUCUUAUGGAUGAAGGCCCAGAUUGUCAGCAACAAUAAUGCAUUUAGCAGGUGACUUUUUGUAUUUAUCUGCAUACUCUUGUGUAAAAUAGAUCAUAUUUCAUAUAGCUGUCCUGUUCCAUGGGCUUUGUUAUUUGGCUUGUUUUCUCUUUCUUAUAUUUUGGGGGUUGUUAUAUAUCUUUUGGGUCAUGUUGAGUGAACAAGUUUCUUGUGUUGGGAAG